AUGUUACUUAAAAGGAGGUAAGGGUAGAUGCUGAAGAUAUUAAUUUUUAACAUCAUUCAUUUACAAAAUAUUUAAAUAUCUAAAGGUAGAUAAUAGGAUGUUAUUUGUUUGACCAAAUUACCGAAUUUUUUUGAAAUAAUAUUAAUUCCUCCUUAUUUCUAACUUUAAACAAACUUUUCUUUACAUUAAUCACACCUAUUAACAAUAAUUAUUUCAAAUUAUAGAGUAAUUUGCAAAUAUCAAUAUUAAAUAGUUUAUUAGAAUAUAAUUGUUCUAAAACUUAUGAUUAUUCUAGUUAUAAUUUUUCAGAGUGCUAAAAAUCAAUUUCAAAAGGAAAUCAAUUAUUGUCUAUUUGUUGAAAUUCAGCUGGAUAAUAUUAUAUAAUAUUUUAAAUUGAUUCUCUUGGAUAUGCAUCUAUUUAUAAAAUAAACUUACUUGCAUAACAGUUUAAAAAAUUAAUUAAGGGGAUGA